UGUCAGUCUGCCGGAGGUCGGCGGCGGUGAUGAACGUGUUUUGUAUAUGUGUGUUUGCGUGUUUUCCUGUCACGACGCAGAGCGCACGUGACUCAUAGAGAUUGAAAGAAAAAUAGUGUCGCGUAUGCCGAGUGGUACGAGCAACUUUGCGGAGAUGCAUAAUAUUAGGAUCAUGUACUACGUUGCUCUGUUGCUGCUUGCUGCAGUAACAAGCACGAAUUCGACAAAAUGCUCCCGAACCAUAGAAGGUACCACUGGAUCGCGCUCCUACGCCGAAGGCAAAUAUCACAUUUUCAUGACGCUUUUCAACAGGACCGAGAUUGUUUACGCCUAUAUGCCAAAUACCCGGUAUAGCGUGGUCCUACAGACCCAUGGUUCCGAUCAGAUGCACCGGAAGUUCACGAGAUUCCUCAUAUCCGCCGAGUCCGAAAAUGUGAAUGAGACAGCCGAUGCCGGCACGCUCGAUCUUCAGGAUGAUGGAUUGACCAAAUUUGCGGAUAAUUGCGCAAACGCCAUCGUGGAAACAUCAAAGGUUGGGAAAGAAGAAAUAAGUGUCGCUUGGACUAGUCCUAAUGAAGACAGCGGUUGCAUACUUAUCAGAGCGACGGUAAUGGAAACGGCAGAUACAUGGUACAUGGAUGACCCAAGUUUAAUCCUCAAGAUGUGUCAAGACUCAAAAGCGGAAGCUGAUGAUCAGGGUACUGUCCUGGCAGAAUGUUGCGCCUGCGACGAAGCCAAAUAUGAAGUGACCUUUGAAGGAUUAUGGUCACGCAAUACUCAUCCCAAAGACUUUCCAAGUAAAGGUUGGCUAAUUCGUUUUUCGGACGUAAUCGGUGCAUCGCAUACUGGUGACUACAGAUUUUGGCGAUAUAGUAACAAUGGCAUACUACAUACACACGCAUAUAUGGCUAGUGCCGGACUGCAGCAGGUGGCUGAGGUUGGUACAACGAGAAAAUUAGAGUCCGAAUUAAAGAAUCGGAGCGAACACAUUAGGACUAUAAUAAAAGCAAGAGGCAUCGCUUAUCCAAACGUGACGGGUAGGACUUUCGCAGUUUUUCGUGUGGAUCGCAAGCAUCAUCUAAUGUCCUUGGUUUCAAAAAUCGAUCCUUCGCCGGAUUGGAUUGUUGGCGUCUCCGGUCUUGAACUAUGUUUACCGAAUUGUUCUUGGAUAAUUCGCAAAGAAUAUAAUCUUUAUCCUUAUGAUGCUGGUACCGAUGAUGGUAUCACAUAUUUGUCGCCGGAUUUGCCGACGGAUCCACCGGAACCAAUUCGACGUAUCACGUCGACGUAUCCAAAUGAUUCGAGAUCACCCUUUUACGAUCCUUCUGGUCUGGAUAUGAAACCCCUUGCGAAGCUCUGCUUGAACAGACAGAGACUAUACGAGAAGACCUGCGAUGACGCUGGGGUUGAUAUACUGGCUGAUGCAGAGGCUUGUAAAGUGACGCCCUGGGAGGAAUGGAGCCCGUGUUCGGUCACCUGUGGCAGAGGCAUUCAAUUGAGACAACGUAAAUUCCGCGAUGAAGCUGCUGCGAAUAAAUGCAAUACACCUUUAACGGGUCGGAAACGCUGUUAUAACGCAGAAAGCCCGUACUGCACCGGUAACAGUCGUCACGAUGGUCUAUUAGACAGCGAAAAUUGCAAGUUAACACCGUGGGGUGCGUGGAGCUCGUGCUCGUCCAGCUGUGGCGAGGGCAGCAGAACGCGAUCUAGAAACUUCCAGCUGAAAAAGUAUCGGAAGCAAUGCAAGGCCGUGCCGAACGCGCCGGAACUACAGCAGUCGGUCGAUUGCGAGAACAAGCCUUGCGAAGGCGAAGACACGGAAGAGGUAAGGCAACUGUAUCUCUUAACGUCUCACGUCAAUGAUGAGGAUAAGAACUAUGUCGCUGAGAGAGCAGACAACAGCGGAGAGAUAAUCGAGGAAUGGCUGCAGAGAUGUCCUACUAAUCGUUACACCGAGUGGAGCAUUUGGUCGCCGUGCAGUUCCAGCUGUGGGCCCGGUGUCAAGUUGCGAUCUAGGCUGCAUAAUGACUCAAACAGCGGUUCGCAUAAGGACGACAAUGACAGCCACGAGGAAUGCAAGGUGCAGCAGGCGUCAUGUGUAGCCGAAAUUCCGAGCUGCGACUUCUCCAGAGAAGAAGCAGAAAAGAUCUGUAGCGAACCCAUGGAGAAGGGACGUUGUAAUUCGAACAUAUUACGAGCCUAUUUUGACAAACAAAGCAGCCGCUGCCACUUAUUCAGCUACUCUGGAUGUGACGGUAAUCGAAAUAAUUUCCCGACCGAGCAGGAUUGCAAUAAUGUUUGCGGAAAUUUCCAAAGAGAAUUGAAGGCGAAUCUAUCGGCAAUCAUGAAAAAUCUUAAGGUAUCCCUUAGCAGCGUCCUCAGCUAUCAUAUUCCCGUACAGGAGCAGCGCAGCGCAAAAGCGAAGAGAGCGCAAUAUGAAAAGGAAGAUUUUAGAGGCAUUCAAGCGGGCAGUCAGAUAAUGGAAUCGAGUGAGAAUAGUAAAGUGGACUGUCAGGUUUCUGAAUGGAGUAAAUGGUCGCGCUGUGAAAACUGUCGCGGAUACACUAUUAGCACCAGGACGAUAACGAUUCCAGCCCAAGAUGGGGGUAAAAGCUGUUCAAAAAAACUUCUCCGAAAAAAGAAAUGUCAUAGGAUUCCGCCAUGCUCUUUACAAGGUGAUGGAACAGGUCGCCGAUUUCAUCGAGAUAAAAAGACCGGAAACGAGCAUGAGAUUUCAGUGAAUUGCAAAGUGACACCGUGGUCAACAUGGUCGAAAUGCAGUGCGACUUGCGGCGAGGCGUUGCGAACUAGGGUCAGAAGUAUCAUGGUGCAACCACGUGGAUCCUGGGCCAAACUCUGUCCGACUUUGGCGGAAUUCAAAAAAUGCAGCAGGGUAGAUUGUCCACAGUAACGCGAAUGCCGGCGUGUUUGCAUUCUAUCACUAUUCUAUAUCAAUAGGCUAUUACGAUUUGCACAGUGCGUCUAUUUCGAAUGUGUUGGAAUUUAUAUGACUUUGUCGUUAGACUGAUUACUAGUGGUGACACUCUUUUUUAAAUAUUAUAAUAUAAUUGAAAUCUACAAACGUGUGCAGGAGAGAUAGAAGUAUGUAUCUGUAUCGAAAUUAUCGGAGAAUAGAAUCACUGGAGAAUAGGUGAUACUGGACGACAGCAAUAUUUUAUUAAGUUUUAAUACGAAAGUAAUAAUAGAAUUAAUGAUAAAAAUCAAAGAGACAGCAAAUAAAACGACGAAGUCGUUUAUUUGAUAUGAAAUUAUGAAUAUUUUAAUACUUAUUAACUAUAGUACUUAAAAGAGAAGCAUUGAUUAUUUUGUAUAGAAAAUAGUAGUUUAUCUGUAAUGCUUUUGUAAAAAGACCGUAGUAAAAAAAAAACAAAACGGGUUUAUACAUAUAGACUUGUUUCUACAUCGCAUAAUUAUGUCCAUUCUCUGUCCUCCAGUGUAAUUUACUACGCACAGGAAAAUCGUGCCAUUUGCGUAUCAUUUUGCGGUUCAUCGUGUCGAUGCUGAAUUACUCAAUAGUAUAUUUAAUACAAUUUUACUUAACCAUGACAUUAUUUUCUGAUGGUAUUAAGUUAAGGCAAAAUGGAUUUGUGCAUUCCAAUCGCAUUAGUUGUGCUGUUGUAUUUAGAAAAAAGAAAAUGUUAGAAUUUUUGCAAUUAUUAUACUCUUGUAAUAAUAUCGAAUAGUCCACAGACUUCUAUAUAUUAUUCUAUACAUUCUAUAUAUAUAAUAUAUAGAAGUCUGUGGAAUACUCAUAUAGUUUUUCGUGACAAAUGAAGGCAAAUU